AUGUUGCUGCGUUUCUGUGUCGUCCCCUUUCAGAGGAUCACGUGUGUUUGCCUACCUCUGAGUGUUGUCGGUCAAACGUGAUUUCGCCCACUGCGCUCGCUACCUUUUGUGUUCCCUUUGCCUCUCCUUUGGCCGCCUGCCGGGGUGGUGGUUGUUCUGCAAGCAGCGCUGGUGGGGCGAGAUGGAGCAGGGGUUGGCGCUUGGGAUGGGAUUGGAUGUUGGUCGCCGCGAAGAAGAAGAAGAAGAAGCGGCGUCGGGGGACGAGGAGGAGGGUGGAAAGGAGGAUGGGGAGGUAAGGAGGUCCUUGCAGCCAGCGCUGCCGCUUAAACUCCUCCCCCUCUUGCCUGUUCCCCGGCAGCCUUCUCCUCCCCUGCUCCGGUUCCCAUCGUCGACUGCGACGAGGAAUUUGGAUGCCUCGACGCGAGGGUUCGAUGUGCCAUCCACAGAGGAGGCCGAGGAAGCGGCGGCGGUGUCUUCGUCGUCACCGAACAGCACCAUCUCCUUUCGGAUGGGCUUCUCCGCCCAGCGAAGCAGCGCUGAGAGGGGAGGAGUGGUGGAAAGGGCGUCGUCUAUAGUGAGCGACGAAGAGGAGAACGGAUUGGCGAAGAAGAAGCUCCGCCUCUCCAAGGAGCAAUCUGCCUUCCUCGAGGAGAGCUUCAAGGAGCACAACACCCUCAAUCCAGUAAAAGAUCUGAGAACAACAAAAAUUACAACUUUUGACGUCAUGAUUGAAUAUAUAUAUAUAUAUAUAUUGGAUUAUCUAUUUCAGAAGCAGAAGCUUGCUCUGGCCAAGCAGCUCAACCUGCAGCCUCGACAAGUAGAAGUCUGGUUUCAGAACAGAAGAGCCAGGACGAAGCUGAAGCAAACAGAAGUGGACUGUGAGUACCUAAAGCGCUGCUGCCAGACGCUGACGGAGGAGAACCGCCGCCUCCAGAAGGAGGUGGCCGAGCUGAGGGCCCUCAAGACCACCCACCCUUUCCACAUGCACCUCCCGGCCACCACCCUCUCCAUGUGCCCCUCCUGCGAGCGCGUCGCUUCCACCGCUGCAGACCACCGGCCGAGCUCCUUCGCCGCCCUCUUCUCCAAGCCUACGCCUGCGGCACCUCGCCAGCCUCCCUGACAACUUCCGGCCCCAACCGCCAGCAGCCA